AUGUCCAAGGCGCCCGCUGCUCCUCAACCAAUUCAAGUCGAGUUCAAUGACACCGAAACCACCACUUCCUCCCUCGUCGACGUGGAUUCCCCUCACAUAAACACUGUGCCAUCGAAUUAUGAAUCUCAAUCCGUUAAAACGAACACCCAAGCCGAACGUCUUCAGCGUGAAGAAGGGGAGAAGCAUCGCGAACGCCAAUACAAAGAGAGAUCCAAGGCUGCUGCACAAAGAGGCAAGGCCAAGGCCAAAGGGACGUAUGCGAAGUUGUGUGAAAACAAGUCGAACCCUGUACUGGUGACCAAUGCGAUUCUACUCACCGUGGCGAGCGCAGGAUUGGGAUACGGUGCGUAUCAAAAGUACCUGCGGGGAAUAUUGACCUGGGAAACGGUCGCACUGUGGUCUGGCGGUAUUGGUGCUGCUGGGCUGGUGGAUUAUUUUGUGAGCAAGUGGUUUUUCCAAAACAAAUACCCUCCAAAAUAA